AUGGAGAAACAGUCACGUCGACGACGAAGACCUGCGCUGUCGUGUCAGGAAUGCCGGCGCCGCAAGAUCAAAUGCGACCACAACGACCCUUGCUCACAUUGCCUGCGUCAUACGACUAAAUGCAUCUACACAUCAUAUAGCCACGACAGUCGAGAUGUGUCAGCGAGGACGUCCCGCCCAGGUCCAGAAAUCUUAAGGGAACAGGCCGUAAUAGUUGGGCCUGGAGUAGGCCCGUCAUCGGAAGAAGCAUCGGCUCAAGAACCUACCCCAGCUACCACUGGCAGCAUCUUUAACCCCAACAGGCUGAUCACAGAGAACCACCGUGAUGACUGUGGUCAUGUGGCUCGGGUCGAUACGGCCACCCCGGCGGUUCACAUUCACAGGCCCCAUGCCACUGUCCAAUCCCCGAUUGACCACAUCGAUAGCCAAGCUGUGCAAUAUAUACCGGGCCAUGUUCAGAGCGCGAAGCAAGAUUGUAGCGUCGCAGAACUAAUUCAGCGGAUACAGAAGCUCGAAGAGUCCUCGGCCUCUCGCGCCGAAGCCAGCUCGUCGGACUAUCCACCGCGACUCGUGUUGAAUAAAUCUCGAGACUUGGGCAAGAGUCAGUGGAUGGGGAUGGCCCAUGAGUUUUCUGUCAUCAUCGCCUGUUAUGGCGAGAUCAUUGGCAAAGACUCAAAGGACGCAUCAUACAAGACUCCUGAGACCGCACUACUUGUGGCACAGUCUGGCGAUUUUAUUCAGAAAUGCAAGAACACGGCCAAGAACAUCAAAGUCAGUCGGCCCAGCAGAAGUUACGCAUCGUCUCCUGAGAUGCGACCCUUAUCCCGCGAUGUAUCUGAUGAUAUGGUCAACCUCUACUUUGCAUCAUUUGAGUCAACACACCGCAUACUACAUGGUCCUACAUUUCGGGCUGAGUACCAGCAAUAUUGGGACCACCCUGACCGUGCCAAGACCGAGACGCGCCUUAAGAUUCUUCUUGUCAUCGGCUUGGGCUCAAGUUUGCACGACCAUCAAACUACAGAAAAGGCCCUUAGCAAUGCUGAACUGGUUCAGCAAUGGAUUUACGCGGCUCAGAACUGGCUUUCUGGACCAUUGGAAAAGGACCGUCUCAGCAUUAGUGGUUUGCAAGUCUACUGCCUGACCAUCCUAGCGCGGCAGAUAUUUUCUGUCGGCGGUGGUUUAAUAUGGAUAUCGACGGGCUCGCUCGUUCAAAGGGCCAUGCAGAUGGGGCUGUAUCGUGACCCCAAACAUCUACCAGCUAUGACGCCGCUGCAGGCUGAAAUCCGGCGGAGGCUCUGGGCCACUAUUCUUGAACUCGUCGUGCAAUCGUCCUUGGACUCUUGGAUGCCUCCAAGAAUCUCUUUCGACGAGUUCGAUGUAGAUCCCCCUUCCAACGUGAACGACGAAGACUUGGAUGAGUCAACGACGGUGAUAGAACCACAUCCACAAAGCACCUUCACUGCGACUUCGAUCCAGCUUACGUUGCUUGGAUCCCUCCCAGUCCGCCUCCGCAUCGUCCAGCAUAUGAACAGCCUGCACUCGGAACCUUCCUACCAGCGCGUCCUCGAGCUAAGCACCGAGCUGACCCAGGCCCUCCACGCCCGCGCCAGCACGACCAAGCACAACAACGACCACUGCACACCCUUUCGCCGCAACCUGCUCGACUACCUCGUCCGCCGCUUCGUGAUCCCGCUACACAUCUCCUUCAGCAGCCAGGCGCGCGCCAACCCGGCAUACCACUACUCGCGCAAGGCCAGCCUCGACGCGGCCGUGGCGAUCACCUCGCCGGAGCCGGACGCUCGCUUUGCGCGGCUGAUGGGCGUCGGCGGCGGCAUGUUUUCCGAGGGCCUGCGGCUCGCCCUCACGGCAGUCAGUCUCGAGCUCCUCGCGCACGCCGAGGCGCAGCGACUUGACGGCACGCUGGACCGGGCGCGCGCGUACCGCGACAUGCUUAAGCAGGCUGUGCGGGACCUCAUUGCGCUGUCGGAGGAGCGGAUCCGGCUAGGCGAGACAAACGUCAAGAGUCAUAUGUUCCUCUGCAUGACCCUUGCUCAGGUCGAGGCUGUCGAGGCGGGCGUGCCGGUUGAGUUGCAGGUUGCCCGGGGCGCGAGGGAUAGUCUGGAGUUCUGUCAUGGGAUAUUGAGUGCGAGGACCAGGGACGCCCCGGUGUCAUUGGCAUCGCCUGCUGAUGCUGGAUGCGCUGCCGCUGGAGUCGAUGUUGAUCAGGGGGAUGAUGAUUUUAACAUGUUCGGGUUAGGGAUGAAUUUGGACUGGGACUCGAUCAUGUCGGACGUGGGCUUGUCUUGA